AUGCCUCCUCCACCUCCUCCUCCUCCACCGCCUAUGAUGGGAGGACCACCCCCUCCUCCCCCUCCACCAGGAGGACUUCCCGCUAGACCACCGCCUCAAAAGAAUAGAGGCGCUCUUCUCAGUGAUAUAUCAAAGGGCAAAGCAUUAAAGAAGACGGUCACAAACGAUAGAUCCGCGCCGAUUGUAGCUGGAACACCUGGUGGAGCGGGCCCAUCACCACUAGCUGGCGCACCUGCUGUACCUGGCAUGCCAAAACCUCCCGGAGGACUUGCACCACCGGUACCGGGAGGAGGAAAUAGAGCGAGAAGUAACAGCGAUCAAGGUGGAAGAGAUGCUGGAGGGUCUACGGGCAUGGAAGCGCCACCACAGUUAGGAGGCCUUUUCGCUGGCGGAAUGCCGAAAUUGAAGUCUCGAGGAGGAGGCAUAAACACUGGAGCAAACCGAGAAAGCUCCUAUACAUCAGAUCCCGAAUCAUCACGAACAUCCGCUCCCAAACCUCCCACUAUGGCUGCCCCAAGGCCACCUCCCACAUCCGCUCCGGCACCUCCUCGACCGGCACCGCAAAGCAGCUCAUCGACUUCAGCGUUUGUUCCAUCACUAGCGAAUUUGCGGAAAACUGGCGUGAGCCCUGGUCAGAGACCGUCCUCGUCUGUAUCAAUGAAAGGACCUCCACCGCCAAUAGGAAAGAAACCUCCUGCCCCUCCAGGCUCGCGAAAGCCCUCUAUGCCAGCACCUCACGCACCCCCUCCUCCCCCAAGUUCUGCACCUCCUCCACCGUCGUCAGCUCCCCCAGGUCUACCGCCUCCAUCUGCCCCUCGACCACCGAUUGGGCUUCCUUCUCGAUCGCAACCACCCCCACCACCCCCUCCACCGCCAACCCCCGCGCCAUCUACAAAUGGAGCAGGCCAGAGUCUUGCAAUGCAAGCCGCUAUACGGGCGGCACGAGAAGCCUCUCCAGCUGCAGCCCCUCCGCCGCCUCCACCACCACCUUCUAACGCGCCCUCAUUCCGAGCAUCUCCUCCACCAGCUUCGGCUCCACCCCCUCCAAUGAGCCGAGCACCAAGUCAAGCACCUACUCCCUCAUUGAGAGCACCUUCACCACCAGUAUCUGCUCCACCGCCUCCAAUGAGCAGACCCCCAACCCAGGCGCCCACAAGAUCCAUGUUGGAUCCUAGCUCCUAUACUCUAUCAUCAUUUAAUGGAACUUUACCGAAAAGUUCCAGUCCGAAUAGAGAUUCGACGGCCUCUAGUAGAGUCGUCAUACACGAUCCGAGAUGGAAAUUUCAAGAUGAGAACAUUUUACCCAAACCAAGGGAUUUUACUGGGGGAGCGAAGAAGUAUAGAGCGGGCCGUGGUAGUAGUGUACCUUUGGACUUGAGUGCAUUUCAGUGA